GGUCCCACAUCCCUGCCGCUGCUCUCUCUGGCUGAGGGUCCCCCCUUUACCAGGGGCUCGGCUCUUGCGAGGUGGGGGGACCUGGCCUUCCCCCCCACGUGUGUCGGGGGUAAGUAAGGAGCGCACUCGGUGCACCUCACUGAGGCACGUCCCACCCAGUGAUGGGCCAGUCCAGUCGUGAUCAGAAGCGUGAUGGUGAGGGGGUGGGGGAGCGACGCCCGAGGCACCCGCGGCGCCUUCAGGGCCUCGCUCUUCCUCACUAGCCGGCUCGGAGGAUCUCCUGACAUGACUCAGCGUUUCUCACAGGCUGUCCUGCUGGAGACACCGACUUCUUGCCGGCUCCUCCCGCCGCGUCCACCCCCUCUCGCCACUCACGCCCGCCCCCGGCCCGGGGCCCUUCCCCUGGGCGGCCGCCGCCGCCGCCGCCGCCGCAGUACGAUCUGACGCCCCAGAGGCAUCUGCCGCCUGUACCGCGCGUGCCCCACACUCCAGCCGACCCCGCCGCCCUGCCGAGCGCCAGCCAUGGAGCCGGAAGCCCCCCGCCGCCGCCACACCCACCAACGCGGCUACGCCGUGACGCGAAUCCCCCACCUCAACAAGGACUUGGCUUUUACCCUGGAAGAGAGACAACAAUUGAAUAUUCAUGGAUUGUUGCCACCUUGUUUCAACAAUCAGGAUAUCCAGGUCCUUAGAGUAAUUAAAAAUUUUGAGCGCCUGAAUACCGACCUUGACAGAGGUCUCUUUAUUAGUAUCUAUGAUCGAGGGCAUAUUGCUUCAAUUCUUAAUGCAUGGCCAGAAGAUGUCAUCAAGGCUAUUGUGGUGACUGAUGGAGAGCGUAUUCUUGGCUUGGGAGACCUUGGCUGUAAUGGAAUGGGCAUCCCUGUGGGUAAAUUGGCUCUGUACACAGCUUGUGGAGGGAUGAAUCCUCAAGAAUGCCUUCCUGUCACUCUGGAUGUGGGAACAGAAAAUGAGGAGUUACUGAAAGAUCCAUUGUACAUUGGACUACGGCAGAGAAGAGUGAGAGGUCCUGAAUAUGACAGUUUUUUGGAUGAAUUCAUGGAGGCGGUUUCUUCCAAGUAUGGUAUGAAUUGCCUUAUUCAGUUUGAAGAUUUCGCCAACAUAAAUGCAUUUCGUCUCCUAAACAAGUAUCAAAACCAGUAUUGCACAUUCAAUGAUGAUAUUCAAGGAACAGCAUCUGUUGCAGUCGCUGGUAUUCUUGCAGCUCUUCGAAUAACCAAGAACAAACUGUCGGAUCAAACAAUACUAUUCCAAGGAGCUGGAGAGGCUGCCUUAGGGAUUGCACACCUGAUUAUUAUGGCAAUGGAAAAAGAAGGUUUACCAAAGGAGAAAGCCAUAAAAAAGAUAUGGUUGGUUGACUCAAAAGGAUUGAUAGUUAAGGGACGUGCUGCUUUAACCAAAGAGAAGGAGGACUUUGCCCAUGAACAUGAAGAAAUGAAGAACCUACAAGACAUUGUUCAAGAAAUAAAACCAACAGCUCUCAUAGGAGUUGCUGCAAUUGGUGGUGCAUUCUCAGAACAGAUUCUCAAAGAUAUGGCUGCCUUCAAUGAACGGCCGAUUAUUUUUGCUUUGAGUAAUCCAACCAGCAAAGCAGAAUGUACUGCAGAGCAGUGCUAUAAACUAACUGAGGGGCGUGCAGUUUUUGCCAGUGGCAGUCCUUUUGAUCCAGUCACUCUUCCCGAUGGACGGACCCUAUAUCCUGGCCAAGGCAACAAUUCCUAUGUGUUUCCCGGAGUUGCUCUUGGUGUGGUGGCGUGUGGACUGAGGCACAUCACAGAUAAGAUUUUCCUCACGACUGCUGAGGUUAUAGCUCAUCAAGUGUCAGAUAAACACUUGGAAGAGGGCCGACUUUUUCCUCCUUUGAACACCAUUAGAGAUAUUUCUCUGAAAAUUGCAGAAAAGAUUGUGAAAGAUGCAUACCAAGAUAAGACAGCCACAGUUUAUCCUGAACCCCAAAACAAAGAAGCAUUUGUCCGUUCUCAGAUGUAUAGCACUGAUUAUGACAAGAUUCUACCUGAUUGUUAUUCUUGGCCUGAAGAGGCCCAGAAAAUACAGACCAAACUUGACCAGUAGCAUCAUAGCUGACAUUUCUAACUCCAUUAAUGAGAUCUUGACGUCUUUCAUAAUUUUUAAAGAUUAGAACCUUUUAUAAUGAUUCAUAAUAAGCUAGUUUAAGGUAAUUUUACUUCAACAAUCUAAAAAUUUACAGAAGAAUAUUAAUAUACUUUAGGGUAAACAUCACACUAGUCAGUUUUGCUUCAUUUACUUUCUGAUUGUUUAGGGUUUCUCUCUUAUUUUGCACAAGCUCUCUUUAAAAGCUAUUAUACCUACUACUGAGAACCUCAUCAUUUUUGUAUAUAGGGAACUAAUGGGAAGCCCCAAAUAAGUAAUAAAUUGAUAUGAUUAAAAUUAAAAUCCAUAGUUCUUUUCUUGACCAUUUUGUAAAAAUCUACCUUUUUUUUAAUAAAGACAGAAAUGAAUUUAGGCAUAGAUGAACUUUUGCUAAAAAUAGAAACAACACUUUUUUGCCUAGAGAAAAAUAACUUCUCUGGAAUUUUUAUUCCACUCCUAGAUUAUAUUUGGGGUUUUUUUUCAUGUGCAACUGAAUUCUAACAUUUCUAAGAAAGAUAAUUGCUGUUUAUAAUGCCUUGUGCAGCCUUAGAUUUUAAUAUUCUUUCCCCAUUGGUACAUCUUAUCUCCUUGGUCCUCAGUCAGAAUCACUUUUAACAGCAUCCUUCCUUCUCUGUAAGUGUGGUGUCCUUCAAUUCCACAUUGCUGUUGCCGGGCCUUUGCAGACUGUAGCUCCUGUUCAGAGGUCGGUACCUUCAGGCCAGCACAGCCGGAACAGUGGGAAGAGCUGAGAGGAGAGUAGGUCAGCUCCUUGAGAAAGGGCUGCCUGCAGAGUCGACCUCCUAAGACAAAGAUCUCCAGUCAGGAGCAAGAACAUGGUUCUGAGACAAGCUGGGUCCCUCUUGAAUGACCUGCUCUAAUGUCCCCUUGAUUCGCUCAGGUAAUUAAGAGCUCAUUGUGUUGUUACAAUAAACAUAAUUCCUUUGAGUUUGGAGAAAGUUUUGUAGCUACUUCCCUAAUAUCAGAAGUUAUCUUUACAUCAGAUAUGAAAAUAUUUGAAAUAUCAUUAGUAGUUACAGCCCAGAAAUUCAUGAUAAUUUCCAGUUUUACUUUAGAAAUUAAUCAUUGAACUAAUGGAAACAAUUUUAGGUUCUUAAGCUCAGGUACAAUAACAUUUGCUAUUUGUAGAAUUAUUUGGAGAAUUUUCUGUAUUUGAAGUAAUGUUUUUAAAGAGUAUAAGACGUUCAAGGUAAACUACUAUACAAUGAUUUUUAUGAAAGUUGAAGGUUACAUAAAUUGUUUUAAGUGUAAGUAGAAGGGGCGGGGUGUUUUUGAAGGUAAUACUUAAUCAAGAAUUUUCUCAAUAUAGUUAUUUUGAAAGGAUCCAGUAUGCCUAUUUCUUGUCUGUUUCCAUAUUGUCUUGUAGCUCUAACUGAAUGUAUUUACCUAUGCAAAAGAUUUAUUAAAGCAUAGAAAAAGUGAAUGAAUAAAAUAAUUGUCUUUUUCUCUUAAAAUAUCGUUACAUUUAAAAAUGAUAAUGCUGAGUCUUGGUGGUCAUGUGACAGGAUAUUAUGAAUAAAAAUAUUCUAAUAGCUAA